UGUGAGCAAGAAGGGAAACAGAAAUCCCUUCAUAUUUCAGAGUACCUCUUGAUCGAGAAUGAAGCUGGUUCUCAUACUCACGUUGUUUGCCCUCACAGCCAGUGUGGCUUACACAGCCCCACAAGAGGAAGCGAACGAUGAAGAAGAUGGUGAUGCUGAAGUGGAAGCCAUGCUUGAGAAACUACUGGGACAAGAAAUGGCCGAAGAACAAGAUCAGAAUGGAGACGAUGACAGUGACGAUGACAACGACGGUCAAAUUCAGGCACUCCUCUCUCAAAUGCAAGACGGUGACGAUGAAGAAAAAGCAGUGGCUGUUUUACAAGAGCUGUUUGCCGACAAACAAGACCCUACAACUGCCAAGAUGCAAUGGAGGAGGUGGAGGAGGAGGUUCAGAGUGAGAAGAAUUUUUAGGAAGGUUGGCAGGUUCGUAAAGAAACACGCUCCAAAGCUUUUAAAUGCUGGAAAGAAGAUACUGCUUGGAGGAUGCGGCAAAAAAUGAGACUCGUGUACAACAAAACUCAAGUAUGGAGUUAAGACUCAAUUAGAUUUAGUAAAAACUGAUAGUUGUAGUGUUAAGACUCAAUUAUAGAUUUAGUAUAGAACUGAUACAUGUAGUUGCUAUUAUAUUUGUGUCUUUAGUUAGCUAUAGUUCACACAUAAAGUAUGCAAAUGAAGAGAAUUUAUUGAAGUA